UGGAGUCUCCAGAUCACAGCUCUUUUAUGCACAAUGAUAAUUCUUGUAUUGCUGACGAUACAACAGGCAAUUCAAGCUCUCCACAAGUAUUAUGUCUAGAAGAUCUUCUGGAGCUGCUUGCUGGCCGAGUAAAUGCAGAAAAUCAUUUCCGCAUUUGUGUUUCACGGGACAAUCUCCUAGAGAGGGGGCUCAAGCAGUGGCAAAGACAGAAAAAAGGAAAUCCAGCCAACCAGCUAAAGAUAACCUUUAUUGGCGAAGCUGGAGUCGACUCUGGUGCUUUACGAAAGGAGUUUCUUACAGAAAUGAUCAGUGGCAUUGAAAUACGCCUCUUCUUGGGUCAGAGAGCAAAGAGUCCACAGUACUCCAACAGUGACCUUGACAAUGGUCUCUUCAGGACUGCUGGAGAGAUCUUUGCUGUCAGCCUAGCUCAAGGUGGCCCAGCCCCAUGUUUUAUGCGAGAGUGGUGCUACUUUUACCUCACCACUGGGGAAGUUGAUGUCACCAGAAUUUGCAAGGACGAUGUAGAUGAUGUUGAAUACUCCCUAUUGAUCGCAAAGGUUGAAGAGGCAACUGAUCUGACUGAAUUCACAGAUGAAAUUAUCAGCUGUGGAUACACAGGAGCACUCAACAUGGAACAAAAAGAUGCCAUAAUUAGAGCAAUUGUUCUCCAUGCAACAUUUCGAGUUACACCAAUGCUUGGAGACUUGCGCAAAGGCCUCCAGCUCUAUGGAUUGCUGGACAUACUUAAGGAGCAUCCAAAUCUUUGUAAGAGUCUGUUUGUCCCUGGGGAGGAUUGUACACCAGAUGCAGACUAUAUUCUCAGCAAUGUUGCUCCUGAAAUGAGUGAGAGAGGAACUUCAAGGGCUUCGGUAGAGAGCAAAAUCAUAAACUACUUUCAGGACUUCCUUCAAGAAAUUGAAUGUGGAGAGAGUGCUGAAGAUACAGCAGAAGUGGAAACUGAGCCAUCCCACCUCACUGUCCCUAGAGUCAUGCAAUGGAUUACAGGCCAGGGGCAUAAGCCACUACUGCUUUCGGAACAGAAGGCUUUUCAGAUAGUUUUCAAAUUUGAUCAUGACUGUCAAGUCAGAAUGCCACAGCACACCAUAUGCUUCCCAAUAGUGAGCGCUUGCACUAAUACAGUUAUCUUUCCAGUAGCACACAUGACAACAUAUGAAGACUUUAAAUGCAUCAUUGUAAAAGCCAUAAAAUCAGGGGGAGCAUUUAGCAGGGUUUAAAUAUCACCCUGUGAUAUACUGGUAAUA